AUGCCCUUCAAAAGCGCCUUCUCGGCCAUCAAAUCCCAGUUGAAAGACUUACACCAAGAGGGCCAGAGACUCUUCAAUGAGCACUCGCAGUCUCAGCCGCCACAGCAGUACCAACCUCAACCUCAGUCUCAAUCUCAACCCCCGCCGCAGUCACAGCCAUACCAUUCCUAUCCUGGGCCAGGCUAUGUAUACCAGCAACAGCCGCCGAAUCUUUACCCCGGACAACAAGCACAGCAAGCACAUCCUUCCUACUACCAGGGCGGGGUUCAUCAACAACAACAACAACAGCAUGCCCCGCCCCUAGUCCCUCAAGGCACGCAUCCCAACAACGCCGGACCGGCAGUGUACUGGCAACCGCGUUUCGAUCCUUCGAUUCCCGUCAGUGUCGAGUGGGAGCAGAAGGUGGGCAACGAAGGCUGGGGGAACGACGAGAAGCAGUACUAUACGAACGAGCCGGCGAAUUCCUUCUAG